UCGCAAGUACAUCAAAUCGACGGACGAUUUGGGCGAUGUUUCGAUAUUUCCCUCGAUGAAGGAAAACGUUGAAGCAAGGUGAAUGCAACCUAGUAAAGGAAAAGAGGCAGUGAAGAGCCAGAGUGUCAGGAUGACGUUAUCUUUUGAAGACGAGUCGCCCACCACGUCUAUACGAGUUGCGGUGACGAAGUCUGCUAGGGGCUCUUCGUCGAAAAAUACUGAUACAGAUUAUGUGAUGGCAGAAAAGGAUGGACAAAGGAUUGAAGGAGAGGAGGUCAUACUUUCGACGCAGAAGCGCGGAGCAAGGAAGUUUGCGAUGAAGAGCUCUUUAGACGAUAUCGAUACGAUGGAGUCUCUUAGACGCGCGCUUAGGAAACCUAUACAGUGCUCGAUACUCGAGUACCUGACCGCUUCUAGGCCGGCACGGAACGAACUCCAGAUGAUCACGCAAAAGACCCGCAUUCCUCUGGGAGAUGAAGUCCAGACGGCUUCUAAGCCAGAGGUGACUACUGUGGCGGUAUCGGGAGUGAGCGUGAAAGCUGAGCGCGCGGCAACAGUAUACCUUGAUGGUAUAGAGGAGUUACCUCCUGACAAGUUUUACAUCUUUGGAAACGGGAUAGUUGAAACUAUUCUCAACGACGAGAUAGUUCUGCAAGGAGUUAGCAAUAAUGCCAGUGAAGCCAUCAUUAUAGAUGAGGAGCUCGUCGUGCCGUUAGGGUUGGAUCUAGAUAGGUCCUUCCUAUUUGAGACAGAGACAUCCGACGGGAGGAAACAGAAGAUUUUCGGAGUCUGUCACAAGGCAGCCAUCGAGGUCGAAGGGUUGAGCACACUGAUGCCUAUCUUCGCAGUUAAGGAUUGUAGCUCGGAGGUACUCCCAUGGCGGACAUGGUUGAGCCAUGUUCAUGUCGUCACGAUAGAACGAUCGGACGGGAGCCAGAUGUCGUUCAUUAAGUGUCCUGAUGGGGGCUAGAUUAUGAUAGAGAUUGUAGAGCCUCGUGAUCCGAGGAACAGGGCGGCCCUAGCGGUUACUGGUGUACCUGGAGCACGCAAGCCGU